AUGGCGACGGAUAAUAAUAGUUGGAUUGCUGAAACUGUUGGCGAUUUUAUUCAUUCACCAAUAUGGGGAGCUCCUAUUUAUACAUUUAUUGAAGCAAAUUGUGCUACUUUUGAUUAUGAUGAUGAUGAUGAUGUUACAGAGGAAGAUGAUAAAACACCAUCAUCAUCUAUGGAAGAACAAAGGAAUAUUUAUCAACAAUAUCAACGGCUUGUUGAUGCAUUAAUUGAAGGUCUUGGUAAAGAUCUCGAUUUAGAUCAAAAUGAAUUAAAAAAAGUUUGUCAAUUACCAACAUCUAGUGAUGCUACCGGUAUAAUUGAUGAAUCAUUUGAACAAUUGUAUGCAGCAAGAGACUUCCAAUUAUUCCAAGAAAUGAUGAGAAGAAAAAAUUUAAUUCUUCAAUUACAAGCACUUGUUACUUUGCAAUUACAAUGGGGUUUAUUAAAACACAGUGAAACUGGAGAUGAUCUUGUUCUUUCACUUUUAUUACAAGCUACAUCAUCACCUUCACAACAUGGAUCAGGUAAUCUACCAACAGAAACAAUUGAAAGACCAUACUUACAGGACAACGAAGAUAAACACCAUCAAAAUACUGUUGUUGAUGAUGAUGAUGAUGAUGAUGAGGACGUUGUUGUUGUAAAACAAAAACAACCGUCACCAUCACGUAAGAAACGAGAACCAAACGAACCAAAAAAAGUAUUUAAAGAGGAAUAUCGCUUACCUGAUCUUCGACUUAAAGGUGGACCAGAACUUGAUGCCAAAUGGUAUAGAGAUCUUCAACAAAAAACUCAAAAGAGAGACGACAAUGAUGAUUCAAAUGAAAAUAAUGAAUCAAAAAGAACAUCUACACCUCAAACAAUUGGUGCUAUUCCUGAAGAAGUACUUCGUGAUAAAUUGCGUGAAUUAACUGUUCGUACAAAAUCAUCAGUCGAUAAUGAAGCAGCUACUGCUAUAGAAUCACGAAAGAAUUUUCUUCAAAAACAACGUAAUUUAAUUGUAAAUAAGCAACGUGAAGAACGUACACGAGAUUUAGAACAACAAACACCUAAUCCUCGACCACAAUCAGCUGCACAUAUUGCACGUAAAGCUAUGGCUACAACGAAUAAAGCAAAUGAAAAUAAACCAGAACAACAAUCUACACAAAUACCUGAAGAUGAAUUAAUCAAGCGACGAGCUAUGGCUGCUAAACUUAAACGUGAAGUUGUAGACAAGCGAUAA